UUAAACUUAUUUAUUUCAUAUAUUUUGUCAGUUUCUCCAGAGACAGAGACUGCAAUGGCUACAGAAUUGAACGUAGAGCCUCACCAUGUGUUUGGUUUGCGCCGGGACGUGAGGAACAACUUGUUCUUUCUAGAUGACGAAACCGUCAUUUUCCCAAGUGGGAACCACUGUGUGUACUACCACCUGCUUGAGCGAUGGAACAAGUUCAUUCCAAUUGCCAAAAGAGGCAAGCGCAUACAGUCUCUGGCUAUGAGCCCAAACCGGCGCUACCUGGCUGUUUCGGAGCACAAAAAACAGGCCAAAAUCUCCAUUUAUGAUCUUCAGAACUUCCAGUGCCAUAAGAAACAGGUUCUGACGACUGAGGAGAUCAACUUGCAGGAGUUCACCUGCAUGGCUUUUUCUUCAGACUCCAAAUACCUACUUGGCCUGGCUGGAGGUCUUGGAAGUACUCUAUUCUACUGGGAAUGGGAGAACAAUGAGGUCAUAUCCACUCAAAGGAGCACAAGGUUCAGCCUCAGUCAGGUCAGCUUUAACCCCAAUGACAACAUGCAGAUCUGCGUGACCGGAAAAGGAGUCUUUAGGAUCUUCAGAUUGGAGAAGGGAAGACUGAAACGGAGCGACUUGUCUAAAAUUAACACAGAUAACAUCCUGUGCCACACGUGGCUAUCUGAGGACUAUGUCGUUGCAGGGACAGAUAUGGGAAAACUGCUCUUGAUGAUUGUAAAGUUUGGCCAUGUGCAGUUUUUGGAGAGCCCGUAUGAGAGGCAAACUGAGAAAAGUGACUCAGAUGGGUUUAUUUCAUCACAGAAUGAAAUGCUGGGCAUCACUGCCAUCACGCAGUACUCUGGUGGCUUUGCCUGCUCAGCCGGCCCAGCCCUGGUUUGCCUCUAUAUGAACAAUGAGGACACGUACAGGAAGAUCAUGGAAAUAAGAAUUCCUCAGGAUCUGUGUCUACAACCGAAUCAAGCUGAGUUGCAGAUGAUUAGCUCUAUGUGCAUAGGUCCAUCAGGGGAGAUGCUGGCCAUCAGCACAGACCAAGGCCAAAUAUACCACAUCGACCUCACCUUAUAUGAGCUUGGCAAGUGUAAGCAGGCCUACUUCGAGUACCUGUCUGACUCUUUUCACUCGGGAAGCAUCACCGGCCUGUCAGUCUGCUCAUCUAAACCUCUCUUCGCCACCUGCUCAAAAGACAAAUCCGUCCGCAUCUGGAACUACCAGACCAAUUUUUUUUUCUUCUGCAGUUCUCUGGAGCAGUACAAGACGUUCGCUGAAGAGCCAUGCCGCAUCUUGUUGCAUCCGAAUGGUCUCUUCAUGCUGGUCGGCUUCUUUAACAAAAUCUGCUUCAUUAACCUGUUAGUUGACGGAUUCCACACUGUCCAGGAGUUUUUCAUAGACGCCUGGAACGAGUGUGUGUUCAACCACGAUGGCAACAUGUUCGCCGCUGUCAGCAACGAUGUGAUUCAUGUCUACAACAUCAAAACAAGCAAAAAAAUUGAACUUAAGGGCCAUACUGAGAAGGUGUCGUCUGUAAAAUGGAGAGAAGAUGACUGUCAUCUGGUGAUGUCAUGUGGGUUGGACAGCACUGUGUAUGAGUGGAACGUUCUGACCGGAGCACGAAAGUUUCCCAGCAUCCCGAGAUCCCGUGUCGAAUCAGAUGUGAUAUAUCCGCCCAACACCGAACACGUCCUCACUCUCCUACGGGAAAAGUCCUCAGAUAGCGCUACAUAUACAGCUAUUUCAAUAUCUCUUUCUGGCCAUGCAGUCUUCAUAGGAACCUCAACUGGUACAGUUUUGGUCAUGCCAUACCCAUUACAAAAAAUGUCACCAAGGAAAGAGUAUUAUGCUCAUUCUGGUCCCAUCACCAAGAUGGUCAUCACACCUGGAGACCAUUAUCUGCUGACUGCCUCAGAGGACGGCUCUAUCCUCAUUUGGAUGAUCACUGAUCAUCUUGGGCGCAAGUUGUGCACCGAGAAGGAGAUAUCUUACACCGAAGACAUAUUCUGUACCAAGACCUGUCUGAGGACAAAGGACCAGAUUUUAACUAAGAAUGAGCUGACGUGUCUAAAGGUGGAGUCAGAGCACAAGCUCAACCAAAUGAACAAGGAGUACAGGAGGAGGCUUGAUGACAUGGUGCAGAAAUGCACACAAUACACUGAUGCUUUGAAAGUCCAAAACAUGCUGCUGACUGAUGAGGAAGAGGAAAAGAUCACUGGUGUCUUUAACCAUAAAGAGCUGGUUGAGAAAAAGAAAAAACAGGCCAAACAGAUGGAGAAUAAAACAUGGAGCCAUGUGGAAUAUGACCUGAAUCAGUUAAAGAGGCAGGAGAACCAUGAAGAAAUGCUUUACCUGCAAGGGGACGCCAUAGAGCAGCUAAGGCGGUCCUGCGAGGGCAAGCUGCAUGAGGUCAUGUUCCAGCAAACGACUCUUAAGCUGUCACAGAAGACCAUUGAGUCUGAGAAGAUUCAGAUGGUGUCACAGGAGACUCCUCACAUGGGGUCAUAUGAGGACAUUGACUCUGAGGAGAUUGAGGAGCUGUCACACGAGAACACUGAGUCUGAGAAGAUUCAGAAAGAGUCACAGGAGAACAGCGAGUCUAAAGAGAUUCAGAAUGGAUCACAGGAGAACAGUGAGUCUGAGGAGAUUCAAAACGAGUUACAUGAGAACAGCGAGUCUGAGGAAAUUCAGAAGGAGUCACAGGAGAACAGCAAAUCUGAAGAGAUUCUGAAGGAGUCACGGAAGAACAAUGAGUCUGAGGAGAUUCAGAACGAGUCUCAGGAAAAUAUUGACUCUGAGGAGAUUCAGAGGGAGUCACAGAAUAACCGCAAGUCUGAGGAGAUUCAGAAUGGAUCACAGGAGAACAGCGAGUCUGAGGAGAUUCAGAACGAAUCACAGGAGAACAGCGAGUCUGAGGAGAUUCAGAACGAAUUACAGGAGAACAGCGAGUCUGAGGAGAUUCAGAACGAGUUACAUGAAAACAGUAAGUCUAAGGAAAUUCAGAUUGAGUCAGAGAAUACUGAGUCUGAGGAGAUUCUGAAGGAGUCACGGAAGAACAGCGAGCCUGAGAAGACCCAGAAAAAGUCACAGGAGAAGAUUGAGUUUGAGGAGAUUCAAAAUGAUUCACAGAAAAACAGCGAGUCUGAUGAGAUUCUGCAGGGGUUAUGGGAAAACAGCGUGUCUGAGGAGACCCAAAAAGAGUCACAGGAGAAGACUGAGUUUGAGGAGAUUCAAAAGGAUUCACAGAAAAACAGUGAGUCUGAUGAGAUUCUGCAGGGGUUAUGGGAAAACAGCGUGUCUGAGGAGAUCCAAAAAGAGUCACAGGAGAAGAUUGAAUCUGAGGAAAUUCAGGAAAUGUCACAGAACAAAAUGGAGUCUGAGGAGAUUCAGAAGGAGUCACAGGAGAACAGCAAGUCUAAUGAGAUUCUCAAGGAGUUACAGAAGAACAGCGAGUCUGAGGAGAUAUUGAAGCACUCACAAAAGAACAGCGAGUCUGAGGAGAUUCUGAAAGAGUCACAGAAGAACAACGAGUCUGAGGAGAUUCAGAAGGAGUCACAGGAGAACAGCGAGCCUGAGGAGAUUCAAAAGGGGUCACAGGAGAACAGCAAGUCUAAGGAGAUUCUCAAGGAGUCACAGGAGAACAGUGAGUCUCUUCAGGGAGAGAGAGAGAGGAACCGCAAGCUUCUUCAAUAUGAAAAGGAUCUUAUGGAAAAGCAGCUGUUGCAGCUGGACAAAGUCCGAAAAGAGGUCCAGGAUCGGGACAUGACCAUCCACAAGCUGAAGGAUGACCUGAAGCGCAUUCAGUACGAACAUAAGGAUGCAGUCAAAACAAUAACGGAGCUGACAAAGGAAAGAGAGGAGCAAAAUAUGACCAUUGCUACACAGAAAAAAAAGAUCUCAUCACUGCUUACACAGCUUGAGGAUUGCAAAAAGGAACAUGAGGAGAAAAAUGUCAAGCGGUUGUUAAAACAGUCAAAGCAAGAACGAGAUCAAAUGAAGAAUUCAGCAAAGGAAGAUGAGCACCUGCAGAAAAAAGUUGAAGUGAGAAAAACACUCCUUAAAGAGACUGAGAUGAUGAGGAUUAUCAACAACAAGCAGAUCAUUGAGGGCCUGAAGAAGAAGCUGAUUGCCAAGGAUCAGGAGUUGUGCCAGGAGCGCCAUAAGGUCAGAAACAUCAAGAAUUUGGUUGAAAGGAUGAAGGAAGACAUGCAGAAGGGCUCCAACUUUCUUCAGCAUCCAAAGAUGCUGAAAGAUUACUUCGUUUUACUUAACAGACGCUACAUCCAUAAAACAGAUGUGACAGGUGGAACAGAUGCUGAGGUCAUGACGGAGCACACCAGGCAGAUGAGGUUCCUGGAAAGGCGACUGAUGGCUCAGAAGAAACAGCACGCCAUGGAGGUCAAGAACCAGGAAGCAUAUUGCCCCAAGACUAUGAAGAUUGCCACCUUGGUGUGUCAAGACCUUAGCCAGGAUAGAAAAAAGUAUUACGAGAUGCUCAAAAAGCAGAAGCUCCCAAGCGUUGAAAGGAUGGUACCAUUGGAGCAGCCAAUGCAAGAGUCCAUGAGUGUAAUCAAGAUACAGAGGCUAAAGACAGAGGAUAAAAGACAAGGCCCACGUUCAUUCCGGUGUUCAUCGGGUCCCUUAAAAUUGCCACCUAUUAACCAACAAAAGAACAACAGGUGACCGCGAGGGAAACAUGUCCAAACUACAUCUUUUCAAGAAUCUACUCACUGAGUGCCUAUUAGCUUAUUUGGUCCAUCCUUGCGCACCUAGGGAGGAGGUUAUUUCUAGGACACGGUUUUGGAGUGGCUGGUUAAAGGGUUGAUACGUUGAGCAAUCUGGCAUGCUAGGUAGGUGACAGGAAAGGAGACAGUAUGCUGGGGAUUGUUAUGGAGGUGUGGAGGCUAAACGAUCAUGUGUGUGCCGUUUAAGUGUGGUCGCUGCAACGACCCUUCAGCCACCUGAGGAUGGAGUGGGUAGGUGGUAGAGUGGAUGCCAAAGUGAGGGGGAUUGUUAGUAGGUAAAGUUGUAAAGCUGCUUUGUGACAGUGACCAUUGUUAAAAGUAGCAAUGGGGGGAAAUCGAUUCAGUGGUGUAUCAUGAUUCUUUUGUGUGGCUAUUCACGUAUCGCCACGCUUACAAAAUUACUAUUUUUUAAUUAACAUUUAAUUAAUACUGUAUAUGUUUACAUUUUAAUUUUUACAUCCUGCAUGUGGUGCUUUAAACUAUUCACACAUGGACAUGCAGCACAGCAUCCUUUGUGGUAGGAUCAAAUUAAGUUUUUUCAGGAAAAUAAUUUCUAUCCAAAUUAAAUCAUGGUACAAACAGAAUCGCAAUACAAAUCAAAUCAGCACCUCAUGAUAAUAUUAUAUCAGGGGAUUCAUGGUGAUUUCCAUCCCUAGCUAAAAGCGUUAUGUUAUGUUACCUAUCAUGUCUUAAGCUUAAGUGUGGGAGCUGUGAUGACCCUUCAGCCUUCAGGGGGUCGGAGGCUUUGCACCCUGAGUAUGAAGGUUUGGAGCUUAAACUAUCAUCUGUGCUUCACUUAAUUAUAAGAGCUGCAACGACGGUUCCCACUUCAUGGGGUUGGAGUGAAGAGGUGAUAGGAAAAGAGACAGUGUGGGUUUGGAAUUUGGACAUUUGCACAUGUACUUGAAGGAACAAGCGUGAGAGUAAACCACAGAGUGUGGAGGGGAAACUUCCUCAAUUGCAGACCGAGAAAAAGUUCCAAAGUCAACGAUCAGCUGGAAAAUCCAUGCUUUUUUGGGGAUUCUCAAGGGCCAGUAUUGGAACAUUAUCAGGAAAAAGGUUCAAGAAUCAACAAUGCUUGUUACAGUGAGACACUUAUUGAAGAUCUGAAGCCUAAACUUUGGAUUAAACACAUAAAUCCCUUGCUAUCCAAGGGUGUUGUGAUCUUGCAUGACCAUGCAUAUCCUCAUAAUUUUGCCCACACUGUCAACACAUGCCAACAUGAAGACAUUCGUGGCACGGAAUACGACAGCUUGUUGACAGAUGAACAGAGUGGAUUUAAGAUCAAGGAGAUUAUGUCAAAAAAAUAUGCAUUAUGUAUUAUUAAAAGUAUAUUUAAAUAAAUUCUACAUCCAAAG